AUGCUCGUACGUCAGGUUUGUGUCGCUCUGGCGAUUGCUGCUCUUUCUGGAGCUGUCCCAGCACCAGUGAAACAUGUCUUGCAUGAAAAGCGAAGUGAGCAUGUGGAUUGGGUGAAAGGUGAGCGCAUUAAGCGCGAUUCUGUGCUGCCUGUGCGCAUUGGUCUUACUCAGAAUAACUUGGAGAAGGGUGAUGAGUAUCUCAUGGCUGUUUCUGACCCGAGCUCUCCCAAGUAUGGACAGUACUGGACUUCAGAGGAAGUUCAUGAUUUGUUCGCUCCUUCAAAGGAUUCGGUUGACUCUGUUCGUCGAUGGCUUGAAUCUUCUGGGAUUCAUGGAUCCCGCAUUGUACACACCGAUAAUAAGGGAUGGUUGGCUUUUGAUGCCUAUGCUCAUGAAGUAGAGGCUUUGUUUAAGGCUGAGUUCCAUGAACAUGAGCAUUCUAGCACUGCCAGCCUUAAGAUUGGCUGCGAGGAGUAUCACGUCCCUGAACACAUCCAGACACACAUUGACUAUAUUACUCCCGGUGUCAAGCUCAGUCCCAUUGUCAAGAAGAAGCUCAGUUCCAUUGACAAGAGGAGCACCAUGGCGAAGCGAGCGUCGCACUUGGCUCAUUCGAAGGCCACAGAUGACUCUAUCACAACCGCAGUUAUUUCUGAGAAGGCGAAGUCGCUUCCUGCGGAUCUCCAAAAAUGCGGAACCCAGAUUACUCCGGCCUGUAUUAAGGCCUUGUACCAUAUCCCAGAUGCCAAAAAGGCAGCUGAGGGCAACUCGCUUGGUCUCUACGAGCAGGGUGACUACUUCGCCAAGUCAGAUAUUGAUCUCUACUACAAAGCCUAUGCUCCUUGGAUUCCUCAGGGCACUUAUCCUAUUCCUGCCUUGAUUGAUGGAGCCAACUUCUCGGUGCCUGAUUACAGUCCGCUGAAUGCUGGUGAAUCGGAUAUUGACAUUGACAUGGCUUUUGCGCUUAUCUAUCCCCAGUCCGUGACUCUUUACCAAGUUGAUGACCAGAUCUAUGAACCGAAGGAGGUUGCGACCACCAACCUGUUUAACACUUUCCUUGACGCUCUCGAUGGUUCUUACUGCACAUAUAGUGCCUUUGGCGAGACAGGCGACAACCCUGAUAUCGAUGCAGUCUACCCCAACCCGAGCGCCGGUGGUUACAAAGGCCAACUUCAGUGUGGUGUAUACAAGCCCACAAACGUGAUCAGUGCUUCCUACGGUCAAGCCGAAGCCGAUCUCCCCGUAGCCUACACCAAGCGCCAAUGCAACGAAUUCCUCAAGCUCGGCCUACAGGGCCACUCCAUCCUCUUCGCCUCCGGCGACUACGGCGUGGCCUCGUUCCACAACGACGGAGCCGCCAACGGAUGUCUAGGACCCGAGGGAAAGAUCUUCAACCCGCAAUACCCCUCUAACUGCCCCUACGUGACCUCUGUCGGAGGAACCAUGCUCUACGCCGAUCAGACCGUCAAGGAUGCUGAGAGCGUGAUGCACGUUGACUUGGGUGGUACUUCCGCCAACUUCAGCAGCGCCGGCGGCUUCUCCAACUACUUCCCGCAACCUGAGUACCAGAAGAAAGCCGUGGAGAAGUACUUCAAGGACGCUAAGUUGACUUACCCGUACUACUCUGAGCUGGAAGUCAAUCUAAAUACGACAAACGGUCUGUACAACCGUAUUGGUCGUGCUUAUCCUGAUGUUUCGGCUAAUGGCGCCGUGUUCCCUGCUUACACUAAUGGAAGCCUGAAGCACUACUAUGGUUCUAGCUUGGCGUCGCCAUUAUUCGCUUCAGUUCUGAACUUGAUUAAUGAGGAACGUAUUCACAAGGGCAAGGGACCUAUUGGUUUUGUGAACCCCGUGCUUUACGCUCACCCGCAUGUUCUCAAUGACAUCACCAACGGCACCAAUGUUGGAUGCGGUUCGGACGGCUUCAGUGCUGUCCCAGGAUGGGAUCCUGCUACCGGAUUGGGCACGCCUAACUAUCCUGAGCUGAAGAAGCUGUUCUUGUCUCUUCCUUGA